GCCGUGCCGAGAGACCACCAAGCGGCCAGCGAGGCUCUCCUGGGGUCUCGGCUCUCCUCGCUUGCCCGCAGACGGCACGGCAGGCAGAUUCGCUCACUGUUGCACGCGUGCACAACAUGAGGCCCUUCCUGCUCACGCCGGGCGCCCGGGCGGCGCCCUCGCCGUCAACGCUCUCGCGCCUACUCCUCCCGCUCCACCUACAAAUUAAUGGCCGGCGCAACCACCUCCGUCGUCACGUCCACGCUUCCUCAAUCGCCCCAUCUCCCAUCAGCCCGCGCCUCCGCAACCGCCGGGGCCGAUUCUUCGCCUCCUCGUCCUCCCAGAUGGCGGCGCCAGCCGAUGCGCCCGGCGGAUCGGCUGAUGCGUUCGAGGUGAUCCGCGCUCACCAGGCAAAAACUGCUCGUCUUUCUCCAGUGGAAGAAAUACGGACCAUUCUGGACCGAAGUGUUAGAGGCGUUCUUGCCACCCAUUCUCAGGAACAUGCUGGUUAUCCUUCUGGUUCAAUGGUGGAUUUUGCAUGUGAUCAGGAUGGCUCCCCCAUAUUAGCAGUCAGUAGUUUAGCAGUUCAUUCAAAGAAUCUCUCCGGAAAUCCUAAAUGCUCACUUGUUGUUGCCAAAGACCCUGAGGACAGAACAGAUACUGUAAUCACUGUAUAUGGUGAUGCUGUCCCUGUUUCUGAUGAACAAAAAGAUUUAGUGAGAAGUGCUUAUCUACGAAGACAUCCUGAUGCUUUUUGGGUUGAUUUUGGUGACUUCAGUUUCCUGCACAUUAAACCGAAAGCUGUGCGCUAUGUAUCUGGUGUUGCAACUGCUCUCCUUGGCUCUGGAGAAUUCAGUCCUGCUGAGUACAAGGAAGCAAAAGUUGACCCAAUAUCUCAGUUCUCAACUCCUAUUACAAGCCACAUGAAUAAGGAUCACACUGAUGAUACAAAGCUCAUUGUGCAAUACUCAACCACUGUUAAGAUGAAAAAUGCAAAGCUAUUUCAGGUGGAUUUUGCUUAUAUGCUGGAUGUGGAUAGCCUUGGGUUCAACGUGAAGGCCGGUUAUGAUGGAAGUGUUCUGAAGUUGCGUAUUCCCUUCCCUAGGCAAGCGCAAGACAGGAAGGAUGUUAAGACACUAAUUGUGGAAAUGCUCCAAGCUGCAAAAGCCGCAUCUUCACAUUCCGAUUGAUUGUCACAGUUCUGGAAGGUGAUGGUUCUGCCGAUGUAAAUGAAAGAUAGCUAGAUCAAUAAGAGCCCACCCAGGCUUACGAUCAGUCGUUCUAUGUUGAAGGAGCUACAAAAAUGUUCACGGUUUGAUGCAUUGCUUUGCUGUAUAUAACAAACAACAGUACGUGAAACACUUCCAGUUGAACGAACGGGAAACAAUUUGUAUGCAACUCUUUCGAACUGACUGUUCAGCAAACAAACAAGUUAUCUUACUGGAAUGCUACUGAGAUGUACAAGACUUGGCCAACCUGAGUGGCUUAACGA